AUGGAAAUUAGACAAACAAUGGAAAGAAUGGCUAGAGAGGAACGUUUAUUACAAGAAAAAUUGCCGUUGGUGGAUGGAUUUUUAAGAAGAUGUAAAACAUUAGCUAAUAUGAUGGUAACUAUGAAAAAAUUAGCAAUAAUACAAGACGAGGAACGUCCACAAACACAAAGGAGAGCAAUUCCGGUUAGACAAAUUUCUCUUCGAAAUUUCCGUCCACCAAUAACUACUACACAAAAACAACAAAAAAUAAAUGAAAAUAACAAUAAUCAUCCAUUAGAUGCAAUACUUGAUGAAUUAGGUGAAAAUAAUAAACAACAAAAUAAUGAAAUACAAGCUUCGUUUACACUUCGUCUUGGGAGCUCUAAUAAAGAAAAUGGAAAUAUUUGGGGAAAAUGA